GCAUAUCCAGUAUAAAUCAAUCAUUAGGACUAUACAUUGUGUUAUUAGAAGAAAAACAUUAUGUUAUUCGAGCUCCAAUUGCUGUGGUAUUGUUUUAAAUGAUCGCGCAAGGAAUAGCCAACAUCUAUGAACAAAGAACCCAAUAUAUAAUUUUGCACUUUAAGAACGUUUUUCUGUUAGUCAAUCUUGUGUGAUGUUUCAAACUGAGAAUUUCAAAGAUAGUGUAGGCCGGUUUGCGCGGUGUGUGUGAGAGAGAGGGAGCGAGAGAGAGAGCGCUCAGCUGUAUCCAAAGAACAGCGUUUCACUUUCUGAAGCGCAUGGAUUUUAACUGGAAAGCCCACUGAGAGAGGGAACGUCGUGAACAGACCCAAAAUGUGAUAUUCUAACAGAUCGAUCCAGUUGAUAAGGACUGCGAAUUUAUUUUGGGAUUGUUAAAUACGUAAAUAGCCUAUUCGGCUACUUUUACAAACGGCCAUACCACUGCUAGGAUACCUUGAUAGUCUAUCUGAUUGAAAUGGUGCGAUGUUCCAAACAAUACUCCAACGCGUUGACUUUUGGUUGAUUUACCUGACAGUUGUACUAUGUGGAGCUUCAGGUGCAGGAGUGCACAGUUGCCAUGAGGUUAAAACAGCGUUUCAAUUGCGCCAGAUCGGUCCGUUGAAAUGGGUCCCCGAGGCACCUGGAACAGAUGGCGAGCUGCAGAUCUGCAAGCAUGCAGGCCCGUCGUGUUGCACACGCAAGAUGGAGGAGAGUUACCAGGCAGCAGUGCGCAGAGAGACUCUCCAGAAUAUCCGUUCCUACAGCUUUGAGCUCAAGUUCCUCAUUGUGGGCCACGCCUCUGCCUUCCAGGACACGUUCCAGUCUCUGCUAUCCUUCACUCUGAACCUGACCACUGGUCUUUUUGACAGUGCCUAUGAGCCCCUCUCCCAGGACGCUCGCCCCCUGGUGGCAGACCUCUUCUCCGACCUCUCUCUCUUCCUGGGAGGAGACGGCAACACCUCCAUUGAGCGCUCUGUGCACCGCUUCUACGACAACCUCUUCCCGCUGGUUUACCGGCGUCUUGUCAACCCUGGGCUGGCCUCAGCCCCACCCUCCUCUGAGCACAGCGAGUGUCUGCGCAUGACACGCCAGGAUGUCAACCCAUUUGGGUCCCAUCCCCGUGUCCUGGCCGAGGGGCUGACCCGCGCUCUGAGCGCAGGACGGGCACUGAGCCAGGCGCUGGUGAUAGGGGCAGAGGUGCUGAACGCCACAGAGCGGGCGGGGCUGGCCAGGGAGUGUGGGCGGGCUCUGGUGAGGAUGCAGUACUGCCCCCACUGCAGGGGCCUGACCCUGAUCCGGCCGUGUGGAGGACUGUGUCUGAAUGUGAUGCGGGGAUGCUUGGUAGGGCUCUCGGAGCUGGACGGGCCCUGGAGGCGCUACGUGGCCCUGCUGCAGGAACUGACAGGGGCCCUGGCUGAAGGCCACGACCUGGAGCUGGCUCUGCAGGGCAUCAGGAACCACGUCAAUGACGCUAUCCUGCACGCACAGCUGCACGGGCCACGCAUCAGUGCCAUCGUUGAUAAAGUAUGUGGGCCUCUCACAGACACUCCGUCAGUGACAAGCAUACGUUCCACCCUGAAGGUCAUGACCUCUGUGAGUACCUCCCCGACCUCGAUGGUGAUGACAUCCUCCCCAGCUGAGGACACACGGGACCACUUGUCACAUACCAGGAGGUCCUUUCCUCUGAAACCAUCCAAGAAUAAUAAGCCUAGAAGUCUAAAAAAGAUCUCAAGAGAGUUUAUGGGCUAUAUCCAACGCUACAGGUCCUUCUUCUCUGCGUUGCCAGAGAUGCUUUGUGAGAGUGAGAUGGUGGUGGAUGACUUCACCUGCUGGAGCGGGGAGGAUGUGGUGGAGAGUUAUGUGGGCCGUGUUGUGGGUAAUGGCCUUCAGGCCCAGAAAAACAACCCAGAGAUCAAAGUCCGCAGCAUCGACCCCAUCCUGGUGGGAGCUAGAGACAGACUAGAACAUUUCAAACGGGAAAUGCAGGGUCAGAUGGGCUGGACGACAGACUGGGGGGGGUGGGUGGAGAAGGGCAGUGGGACGAGAGAAGAGGCCAGCGGAGAGUGUGACGAUGAGGACGGAUGUCAAGGAUCUGGAGAUGAAGACUUUACCAAUGAGAGAGUGGACGUGGCCAGCACUCAUGUUCCUUUUGGGAAGAGCCCAGCAGUCAGGGAGCCCCCAUGGCACGUCCCCACUGCCCAACCCCCACCACAGGUAGCUGUGAGAGCUGCGGGUCACACCCCAACACCCCACCCAGCUAUCACCAUCACCCUCAUCCUCCUGUCUGCCCUGGCGUUACCAUGGCACCCACUCUGAAACCCCCUCCGCUAAUCACACCGACUGAGCACACAUGAGAGGUGGGGAGCAUUCACAAGAAGGAAAAGCAGGAAGCGGAGGAUGAGAAAAAGGACAAGAGGAGGAGCUCGCCAGCGAACCUGUUGCUUUCCCUCAGCUGCUCCCUGUUUGUUAGUGGGAGCCGGGCUGCAUGGCUGUGUUUGUGCGAUGUGGGAUGUGUCUCAUAAAAUCUCUCUUUCCCUUGCUGCCUUCUCCACUGCUGCCUUCUCCACUGCUUUUUCCUCACUGCCUCCUCCUCUCUGGUUCUCUGGACUGCCUGGUCUGUCGACCAUCAGAUGUGGCCAGCUACACAUCCCACUGCUCUCUAGUAGGGACAACCAUGGUUCUGGUGGUUCUCCUGUGGUCCUUAGAUUUAGGAACAGUAAAGUUCACAAACAGUGCUGAACUGAAGAAUGUAAUCAGGCCCUAAAAAGACAUCAUCUCUCCUCACCUCUCUACACGCAAAGUCAACCGUCAUGUUCUCUGGGGUCUCUCCAUUUGUUACUUAGUUUGCAUUUGAUUAUGCCACCUGUUAAUAGUCACCGAGCAUACUAUACAUGUUUAUAUGGUCCCAUGUGGGACUUAUAUUGUGUAUUAAUGUGUGGGUAUUUGUUUGUGUGUUUAUUUACCUAUAUUUACAUCUACAUGUUUCGUGAAAAAGUAUUUGCCCUUUUCUGAUUCUCUAUUUUUGCAUAUUUUUGAUACUAAAUGUUAUCAGAUCUUCAACCAAAAGCUAAUGUUAGAUAAAGGGAACCUGAGUUUACAAAUAACAAAAACAUUUAUACUUAUGUUAUUUAUUUAAUUAACAAAGUUAUGCAACACCCAAUUCCCCUGUGUGAAAGGUAAUUGCCCCCUUACACUCAAUAACUGGUUCUGCCACCUUAAGCUGCAAUGACUGCAACCAGAUGCUUCCUGUAGUUGUUGAUCAGUCUCUCACAUCGCUGUGGAGGAAUGUUAGCCCACUUUUGCAUGCAGAACUGCUUUAACGCAGCGACAUUUGUGAGUUUUCAAGCAUGAACUGCUCGGUUCAAGUCCUGUCACAACAUCUCAAUAGGGAUUAGCUCUGGACUUUGACUAGGCCAUUCCAAAACUUCAAAUUUGUUGCAUUUUAGCCAUUUUCAUGUAGACUUGAUUGUGUGUUUUGGAUCAUUGUCUUACUGAAUGACCCAGCUGCACUUCAGCUUCAGCUCGCAGAUGGAUAGCCUGACAUUCUCCUGUAGAAUUCUCUGAUACAGAGCAGAAUUCAUUGUUCCUUCUAUUAAGGCAUGUCAUCCAAGUCCUGAGGCAGCAAAGCAUCCCCAAACCAUCACACUACCACCUCUAUGCUUGACCAUUGGUAUGAGGUUCUAACUGUGGAAUGCAGUGUUUGGUUUUUGCCAGGCAUAAUGGGACCCAUGUCGUCCAAAAAGUUGACUCAAGUAAAAAGCACCUGUGUCAUGUCCUGACCAUAGAAAGCCUUUAUUUUCUAUGAUGGAGUAGGUCAGGGCGUGACUGGGGGGUGUCCUAGUUUAUUAUUUCUAUGUGUAGUCUAGUUUUUGUAUUUCUUUGUUGGCCUGGUAUGGUUCCCAAUUAGAGGCAGCUGUCUAUCGUUGUCUCUGAUUGGGGAUCAUAUUUAGGUAGCUUUUUUUCCCACCUGUUGUUUGUGGGAUCUUGUUUUUGUAUUGUUGCUUUUGAGCCCUACAAGGCUGUACGUUUGUUUGUUUCUCUUUAUUGUUUUGUUGCUGGUUCACAUUUAAAAUAAAUAUGAUGAACCCAAAUCACGCUGCGCCUUGGUCUACCCAUUAUGACGAUCGUUACAACCUGGAAGCACCUGGAUGAAUAUCAAGACUCUUGGAAUAAUGUUCUAUGGAUAGAUGAUUUAAAAGUAUAACUUUUUGGAUGACAUGGUUCCCAUUAUGCCUGGCAAAAACCAAACACUGCAUUCCACAGUUAGAACCAUGUACCAACGGUCAAGCAUAGAGGUGGUAGUGUGAUGGUUUGGGGAUGCUUUGCUGCCUCAGGACUUAGAUCCAUGUAAUUGUUGUGUUAUUUGUUCACUCAGGUUCCCUUGAUCUAAUAUUAAGUUUUAGUUGAAGAUUUGAUAAUUCAUUAUAAAAAUGAUGCAAAAGUAGAGACAAAUAGAAAGGGGGAAAAUACUUUUUCACGGCCCUAUGUGUUUCUUUACCUAUCAUUUUCCUUCAUUUUAAAACUUGCAAUAAUGGCUUGUACAGUACUAGAACUGACCUACUAGACAAAUGUAAAUACACAUAUUUAUGUAAAUAUACAGUUUGUACUGUAUAAGGAUAGGAUGACAAGGGCUUAAUUGGAGUUGUUGCUGUGGAAAUAUAAACUUCACCAUAUUAUUUUGCUCGUGUGUUUUGAUUGGCCCAAACCCGAAAAUAUGUUCCCACACACUGACAUCCUAGUUAACCUGCAUCCAUUGCAUCGAGAUCACCUCUAUAAUUAGGGCAAGUGUAUACAUGUAUAUAUUUGAAGUCGCACACAAUGCUUAUUCAUCUAUGUUACAUGUUUUAUUACAGACGUUGCUCACUUUAAAGGGAUGCUGCAAACACCUCCACCCUGCAUGAAAUUUUAGGUUUACCGAUAAGCAAGUGUGUUUAACCUAGCCUAGUAAGGAAAUAAUAGCUGCAUAAACAAAUUGCCUACAACUCAAUAAAGACCACACAUGAAAAAAUAUAACAGUUCACUAUAGAAUAAUACACUAUAGAAUUCUAUAUUAUACUGUAGAAUACUAUACUACACACUAGAUAUUAUCACGUUAGCCGAUGUGAUAUGUAUUGCGAUUUUUACGAUUCUCACGAUUCUAUAUGUAUUGCGAUUCGAUACUGUGAUUUUAUUGCAAUUCGAUGUUCCAAACAUAUUGCUUACCAUAUCUCUGCUGCAGAUGGACAAGAGAGCCAUGAGAACAUGAGUUUCAUCAGUCAUGGAAAUAAAAGUGCUGAAUACAAAUUGGCUCCCUAUUUAAAAAGAUGGAGAACAAGUUAUGAAGGAAACACACUGGAGUUUUGGUGCAGGUACAGCCAACUAGCGCAUAAAUAAUACUGCAAUAUUGUCAAAACGAUACUAUAUGUAUCAUCAAAAAUAAUAUCCCGAUAUGUAACAAUAUCAAUUUUGUCCCCCAUCACUACUACACACUGUAGUAUCCCUCGAUCAUAUGUAGUACUUACUAUAGAAUGUUGUAGUACACUGUAAAAUACUAAAGUAGAUACUACAGUAUCCACGAAAAAAACACUAGUAAAUACUACAUUAAUGUCAGCAAAAAACCCUUUUUAAACUAUAGUAAAUACUACAGUAUCUUAUUUGCAUAUACCCUGCCCAUUCCCCUCCCCCAUAUCACAAUUUUUGCCACCCAUAAAUGAGAAACCAACAUUCUAUUUAUAGACCAUACAGUAUAUUGUGUAACCUACAGGUUAUUGUUCCUUACUAUCCAUUCAGACCCCAGUCCUACCUACCUACAGGUUAUGGAAAAUGUGCUCUUUAAGUAUUUCUCCAGUAUGUUUCCUGAAGGAGAAAGCCUCCACUUCUAUGUUAAAGAUAAUUAAACAAAAACACUACAGUAAAUACUAAUACUAGUAAUGUCUGCAAAAACACUACAGUAUAGUACAGUCCACAAAAAACUACAUUAAUUACUACAGUAUAUGCUACAGUUCUUUUACUAUACUAUAGUUUACUGUAAAUACUACAGCAAAUACUACAGUGAAUACUACAAAGUCUGCAAAAACACUACAGUGAAUACUAUAGUAUUUAUACCAUAGUAUACUUAAGCAAUAAGUGUCCUUAUGGUAUAUGACCAAUAUACCAUGGCUAAGGGCCGACACAACGCGGUACCUAGAUACUGCCUGUAGCUGUGGUAUAUUGGCCAUAUACCACAAACCCCAGAGGUGCCUUAUUGCUAUUAUAAACUGGUUAACAACGUAAUUAGAGCAGUAAAAUGAAAUGUUUUGUCAUACCCGUGGUAUACCACGGCUCUCAGACAAUCAGCAUUCAGGGCUCGAACCACCCAGUUUAUAAUUUUUAGGUGCGACUCCAUGAAAUCCAUGUCUAUCCAUGUGGCUUUGAGCUGUUACUGGGAGACAGAUUGUCCAAUAUUCUGCUAUACUGGACAGCCAUGUACCCUGUGACUCCCCUGUUGUUCUGAAUGCCAGGUCCAGUGGUACAUAAUGUACCUCAUCACUCCUUCUACGCUGCUUCUAUACUUCUUUCAAUGUCAAUGUUAUGAUAUGAUGUGAUCUUGCUUUGCAACCCCUUUAAAAUGCUGUAAAUGUUCAGAGCCAUGUGAGUGGCGACAGGACUGAUAUACUAGACUGGCCCUUUAUCUUAAACGGAUGGAGCCUUUGUCUGUAGACUCGCAUGGACAUUUAAUAAACAUAUAACAGUCAAUCUGA